AUGCGACAGUGGCAGAAGAAGAGGAGUUUGUGUCAGAGGAGGGAGAGGAGCAGGUCAAGGAGAGAGAGAAGAGGCCAAGGAGGGAGAGGAGCAGGCCAAGGAGAGAGAGAAGAGGCCAAGGAGGGAGAGGAGCAGGCCAAGGAGGGAGAGGAGCAGACCAAGGAGGGAGAGGAGCAGGCCAAGGAGGGAGAGGAGCAGGUCAAGGAGGGAGAGGAGCAGGUCAAGGAGGGAGAGGAGCAGGCCAAGGAGGGAGAGGAGCAGGCCAAGGAGGGAGAGGAGCAGGCCGAGGGAGAGGAGCAGGCCAAGGAGGGAGAGGAGCAGGUCAAGGAGGGAGAGGAGCAGGCCAAGGAGGGAGAGGAGCAGGCCAAGGAGGGAGAGGAGCAGGCCAAGGCGGGAGAGGAGCAGGCCAAGGAGGGAGAGGAGCAGGUCAAGGAGGGAGAGGAGCAGGCUGAGGGAGAGGAGCAGGCCAAGGAGGGAGAGGAGCAGGUCAAGGAGGGAGAGGAGCAGGCCAAGGAGGGAGAGGAGCAGGCCAAGGAGGGAGAGGAGCAGGCCAAGGAGGGAGAGGAGCAGGCCAAGGAGGGAGAGGAGCAGGUCAAGGAGGGAGAGGAGCAGGUCAAGGAGGGCUGGCGCGCUCCCCCCAAAUUGUGA